UGACAAAAUGAACAUGAGAUAUCUAUUAGUUCUUCUGAUUUGGUUUCCAGGAGUGCUUCAUGGAUCUUCUGCCACCUCUGGCUCAGAUGACAGAGACAGUCAACCUGCAUUCAUGUCAAUCGACCACUGUGGAGAACACCCAAACGUUCCAAACGGUGAUGUUGUACAAGUGAAUCGAAUGUUUUUGAAAUACCAAUGUAAUGCCUUUUACACACGAGUCGGUUCAGACACCGUGACGUGUUACAGUGAUGGCAGUUGGUCAAACCUUCCCAUCUGCAAAGAGGCAUUCUGUGUCGUGGAUCAUACUAGAUAUCGUUGGUACAACUUUCAGCUAUCUGGAGUUGAAUAUAUCAAGGAAGGAGAGAAAAAGACAUUUCCAUGCACUUCUUCUAAUUGGAGCAGGGUUUUUCAGUGCAUUGAAGGAAGAAUACAUUAUACAAACUGUUGUCAUUAUUAUGACAUUCAACGGGGAGUCUGCCAGUAAAGCACAAGAGAAGAACAACUGCUGGGCUGACAACAAAAGCCAAGUUGGAAACUUUUGAAAUACCUCCACCAUAAAAC